AUGUUGCUCACAAACCCGCACCGGCGGGCCAUAAAAGCCUCUGCCUCAUCGAGCGAUGCCGGAAUCCAUGCCAUCGCCAAGCCUCCUGUCACGAUGCGUGGCUCCUUGCUCUUCGUAGCCUGCUUGGCAAUGUUGAUCGCGAGUGUAUCCUGCGUCAAAGACUUUUCGCUCGGAUGGAGCAUGCUUGACCACAUCGCCCGCACCGACGUAUCGAGCACUCUCGCCCAACGAUUCCCACACGUUGCCCCCUCUGAACGUGCCCACAUCGGUUUCGUCCCCGAACGACUCUACGGUUUGAUUUCGGGAGCCGACUCAAGCGGCCGUCUCAGGUUCACCCUUCCCGCGCCUGGCAAUGCCCUGCUCUUCACCACGCCCGUCGACACGGGUAAAGUUCGCGCCGUGGGUGUAGUCACCACCCCCACCGGCACGCACAAAUACUUUCGAAGUACGCCGUUUGAGCCUGUGCCGCUUCCGCGCCUCGUGCGCGGCGAGAACAUCGUCGCCCCGCGUGCGGUUGACAAGAUGGCCUUCGGAAAGCGCUACGUUGCACUCGACACCUGGCAGCCCGAUAAAAAGGUCAUCCUCACCAACAUCGCCCGUGUGCCUUUGACGACCGAGCUGCGGUACGUCGGUGUAUACCCAACCGAGGUUCUGGCAGAGAUCCUCGACCCCGAGAGGGAGGCAAGACUCGUGCAGUGGUCCAACACCCCCACGUGGGACAAGGUCAGGCCGCAACAGCUGGUCGUCGCACAAAGAAGCUCACCACGAUGGAUGAGGAUCAAGUCGUUCGGAUCGUGGCGAUCGUUGGGAUCCAGAGGCUCGCGUUUGUCGGGAACAUCCACUCCAACCGCUCCCACCACCGAGUAA